AUGGUUAGAGAUAUUGGUGGAUUUUAUGAAACAAGAAACACAUGUUUGGAAGAGAUUGUUGCGAACUUCUUAUACACAUUAGCUCACCAUAAGAAAAAUAGAAUGAUGGGUGCACAUUUUUAUAGAAUUGGUGAAACUAUUAGUAGGCAAUUUCAUGCUUGUUUGUUAGCAAUCUUAAAGUUACAUGUUCUUCUUAAGAAACCAACUCUAAUACAAGAAAAUGCGACGAUGAAAGGUGCUCUUGAUGGUACAAUGAUUCUAGUUAAUGUUCCUUGUGAAGAUCGACCCAAAUAUCGUACUAGAAAAGGAACCCUUGCUAUGAAUGUGUUAGGAGUAUGCUCACCUGAAAUGGAAUUUACAUAUAUCUUACCUGGUUGGGAGGAAUCAACACAUGAUGGUUGUAUUCUUCGAGAUGCUAUUUCUAGGUCUAAUGGUUUGAAAGUUCCAAAAGGUUGUUAUUAUUUAUGUGAUGGAGGAUAUACUAAUGGAGAGGGAUUUCUUGCACCAUAUAGAGGGCACCUUUUGUAG